AUGGCAUCGAGUGCUCUUCUACAACAAAUCCAGGCUGGCAAGAAACUGAAGAAAGCCGAAACGCAUGAUCGAAGUGCACCCAUAAUUGACACUCCAAAAGGGGGCGGUGGUGGGGGCGGAAGUGUAGGUAGAGUAGGAGGAGGUGCUUCACCAAUGAUUGCUGCGGGAGGGGGAGGUCCUCCUCAACUGGCGGGCCUUUUCGCUGGUGGCAUGCCCAAGCUGAAGCCUGCAGGGCAAAACAACCUUGCCAAAGCUCCAACGUUAGGGAAGCCUCCUUCAAUUCCUAAGCGAGAUGCCGCAGCAUCUCAUACUGCUCCUCCUCCUCCCAGCCGUAUGGUUCCAUCCCCAAAACCUGCUUCCCCCGCGCCGCCGCCCCCUUCACGACCUGUACCUACCCUAGCGUCUGCCCCGACACCACCCAGUCGACCGAUACCGUCACCAGCGCCCCCGAGCCGACCUAUACCUUCUCCCGCACCGCCAAGUCGCCCCUUUCCUUCCCCGAUCGUCCCAGCGCGUCCCUCGUUACCAGCUCGUACGGUGCCUCCGCCCCCAUCCGGAGCGCCCACACCACCCAGCAGACCCGUGCCACCUCCAAGGGCCAAUCACGCUUCUCCCGUGUCGCGUGCUGUCCCAGCUAUACCGCCUCGGACGAUUGCUCAUUCCACCUCCUCGCCUAGCCCCGGCAGGAAAGUUCCCCCGCCUCCAACAAUACCUGGUCGCGUCGCUCCGCCACCGCCUCCGCCCCGUCCUUCCAGCACUAUCAAUUCAUCCCCAGCCAGAGCAGUCCCUCCUCCCCCAGUCCGCAGACUCAAUGGAUCGGGCUCGCCCGCUCCCCCAGUUCGCACUCGAGCUAUAUCUGAGUCGGAGCCCGCAGCGAAACCUCCUUCCCCUCCCCCUGCCGAGACUCGAUCAUCGUUAAUGCCUCCUCCCCCAAGGGCUCGGACACUGUCUGCCAGCAACAUCGCCGGUCCUCCCCCUGUCCUUAAUAACCGAACUUCAAUGCUAAAUCCGGUGAAUGGAAGACCAACCAAGCGUAAAAUUCCGUCGCCACCCCCAAAUGCAGGACCCCAUACGUUCCCAGUAUCCGACUUUCCUCCCCCCCGAGAGUUCAAACCUAGUACAAGGAAGUAUCUGAGUGGCCGUCAACGUGGAAGUGACUUUGACUUGGGACAAUUGUAG